AUGGCUUUGCUGCGGCUGCUCGUGCUGCUGGCCCUGGCCGGGCCCGUGGGGGGCACCUGGGACACCUGCAGGGGCACCUGCGGGCUCCGGCCCUUGGCCUUCGACCACAGCUCACUGGUUCGGGACUACGACCCCACAGAGGGUGACUACACAACCUUGGCAUCUUCCGAUGGCACUGCCCUCAACAAGGACAGCCCCGGUGUCCCCUUGGGGGCCUGGCCCGGCAUCGUCAGCGUGCAGGCCACCUGGGAGAACGGCACGUGGCACAUGUGCUCGGGGGCACUCAUCCACCCCCGGUGGGUGCUCACGGUGGCCCAGUGCUUCGCCAGGGCCGGCGACACCUCCGCGUGGGCGGUGGUGAUCGGGGCCACCGACCUGAGCCACCCGGGCCCCGAGGCCAAGCAGCGCCACAUCAAGAGGGUUCUGAAGCACCAGGACUACGACAACGGCUCAGAGAGCAACAACAUCGCCCUGCUGGAGCUGGACCAGCCCGUGGCGUGCAGCGACUACAUCCAGCUGGGCUGCGUGCCCGACGGCUCCCUGGCGGUGCCCGAGCUGAAAACCUGCUACAUCGCGGGCUGGAGAGCCACCCCGGACAGCGCCCCCAGCCCUCGCCUGGUGCUGCAGGAGGCCAAGGUGCGGCUCAUCGACGUCCAGCUGUGCAACAGCAGCCGCUGGUACGGGGGGGCCGUGCACCCCCAGGACCUGUGCGCGGGGUACCCGCGGGGCGGCAUCGACACCUGCCAGGGGGACAUCGGGGGUCCCCUGGUCUGCAAGGACAACGUCGGUGACUACUUCUGGCUGGUGGGCCUGGCCAGCUGGGGCAAGGGCUGCGCCCCUGACAAGCGCCCCGGGGUGUUCACCGCCACCCAGCACUUCCGCGCGUGGAUCCAGGCGCAGAUGGGAUUGGUCCCGGCGCAAACGGAGGCUCCGCCGCCCGAGCCGGAGCCACCCACCCCCACCAUUGAGGAAGAGCCACCAGAACUGGAACCAGAACCAGAGCCUGAACCACAACCACAGCCGGUACCGAUACCGGUGCCGAUACCAGAACCGGAACCGAUUCCAGAGCCAGAAGAAGAGGAAGAAGAAGAAGAACCAGAGCCAACACCGAAACCGGCGAAGUUUAUCACAGUUUCCUUCCCAAAAGCCAUCCUGCUGAGGUUCUUCACCAAUCUGCAGGAGUUCCUGGCGUUCCUGCGGGACAAACUGGGUUGA